UCCAGUUCGCGAGGUGCACUGAGCGGCAGGGUAGCAGCCUAGGCGUGCCAGGGUUCGUGAUAGCGAGAUGUAUGGGCUGUCGAGGUGAGGUAGGUUCUGCAUUUCUAGUUUUUUUCGCUUCCAGUCUUCUUUGCCGAAACGGUCACUCUCGUUAUUGAAGAUGGAAGCGAUGAACAAGCUACACGGCGAGGUGAUGGAGCUGUGGCCUUUCAAGGGUCCGCAGCAGAAGUACGUGUCCGUCGCGGACGAGGAAGGGGAAGGGCAGGCGCAGAAGACAAAGUGGAUGAGGUCCGCGCCCGGCAGCAGAGGGAAAAUAUUCCGCAUGGCCGUAUGGAUCCUUGUCCUGGCAAAUGUCGUAGCUAUCCCAGCUGGCGCGUACUGGUACUUCGGCGGAAGGGGUUCGCAGAAGACGGCAGACAGCGACUUGGUAAACGAUGUCGUUUCCGAGUGGCCUGCGGAAGGCGACAGUGGAGGCUACUUUGACGUGGACACGAACAGCACGACGAGAUGCCCUCAGCGACACGAAUGGCGGACACUAUCACGGGAAGAGCAGCAAGAGUACAUCCGCGCUGUGCUUUGCCUUCGCACUAUUCCUUCAGUCCUGCAGCCUGCUUUGAACAGGUCUUCGUACGAUGACUGGCCAUUAGUCCACAGCCACGUUGGGUACACAACGCACAACAGCGCGCCAUUCCUCCCAUGGCACCGCUACUUCUUACACCUGUACGAGAAGACGCUUAGGGGUCAGUGCGGGUACAGCGGCGCCCUACCUUUCUGGGACUGGACAAUGGACAGCAUGGCGCUAGAAAUGGCUCCCGUGUUCAGUGCCGCGGACGGCUUUGGAGGCGACGGUGAGGUUGACGGCAACAUUACAGUUGGACGCACCGGUCGUUGUGUUGUUGACGGACCAUUCGCUGGCAUCACUGCCGAGUAUUACGAUGUGAAGUACAAGCCGCACUGCCUGUCGCGCGGUUUCCGCGAUUUUGAGGGCGAGCUCGGGCAUAUGAAUGGUCAAGAUGUCACCCGUGAGUCGAUCGAAGAGGUGCUAGAGCUCAAUGACUACGAGGACUUCGUCGUCAUGAUGGAGAGCAAGGUGCACAAUGCUAUUCCGUUUGGCAUCGGUGGUGACUUCGAAACGUUCACGGCGCCUUACGACCCGGUUUUCUUCUUGCACCAUACGCAGCUUGACCGGCUGUGGUGGGAAUGGCAGCAGAGGCAGCCGAACAACGGAACGGAUCUUUAUUACGGACACAAGGAAAGGCACUCGAUGGAGAUGGCGAGCCUGGAUGACGAGAUUGACAUGAUGGGGCUUGCACCGAGGGUCCAGGUGAAGCAGGUAAUGGAUACGGAGGGUGGGAUACUUUGCUAUACUUAUUCGAACAUUGAGUAAUGUACAUAUAUCGGUUUCACAACUGCAUUACUAGUUCAACGGCCAACACCGCGAAUACCUCCGCUUUGUACCGGCUCGAAAGCGGCAAGUUCCGCCUUGCUGCCUAUUAACCUUACUCUCACCCG